UUCAAAAAUUCAAAACAGUGUUUAAUUCAGAUCAUAUCAAGCGUUGGUAGUGUUGUGUUAAGUUAUUAAUGUUUUCGUGCUGAUGAAUUGGCCAGAUAAUGCCUAAAGCAAAUUGUGAGAAACGAAUGACCCGGGCUGCUACGGGACUAAGUGCAUUAGCUUCAUCUAAAUUACCCUACGCGAUAAAAACAGGACAUUCCGCCAAAUCUGCGCGGACAAAGAGCCGUACUGUUUUGCAUUCUGUCGCUUCCGGAAAAGAAAACGACAUAAUUGCAGAACCAGCAGAAUUGUUCCGAUCUGAGGUGGUAAUUUCCAAGCGUCGUAGCUCCCGGAAGUUGCGAAACAUUACCGAUACAUUGAACCAACUUGCAGUCGCGGUGCCUUUAAAAGAUAUUCAUAUGGAGUCGUCUCGUAAGCGCAAGUUAGAUGUUGAAGUAAAACCGCAAAAUGACACUCAGAAGUCUUCAUCAAUGGCACCGUCGUCGUCCGUAGUUGAUAAUAGUGAUAAAAGUGAUGAAGCGGCUGCUAUUGCCGAAAGCCAAGAGAAGCUAAAAACUGCCUUAGGUGAACACUAUUUUGAUGUCGGAAAACGGCUCAAUCUAAUUUACAUUCCUGAGUGCUUGCGUAAUGUACCGAAAUGUGCGGAACUCCACGCUCGCCGGACCAAUCAAGCUCGCAGAGUCAACAGUCGUCGGCAGCGGGAUGCAAAAGAAUUGCUGAUCGAGAAUCGUCCCGUACAGUUUUUGGAGUACCUGGAGCAGGCGUUGCUCCGCCAAGAGUUCAUCGAUUCGACGUUGUUCGUUAAAACACUAGAGCUGGUUAUGACCAUCAAUCCACCUUCGUUGCAGCUGAAUGCGGAUUAUUGCAUAUCCACGGUGAUUCAACAAGCUGUCGAUAUUCUGGAUCGAACUGUUGAGCAGUUCCCUCCCUGUUGGUUAGAUUUGAAGACGGCCUAUCAUGGUGUGAUAUUUGGACGGUUGGAAGGGGAUUGCUUCAUGAAGUACGAUCUCAGCGAAGGUCUCUUUAUGGUGGUUUUGAGCCUGAUAGAACGUUAUGUAGAUCGGGACGAAGAACAGAGCGUUCGCACCGUCGGCAGGGAACGUUCGUUGGCUAGUUUUUAUUUGUGGGAGCAGGAAAACAAUCAGAAGUACGACUUUGAGCUGCUCUCUAGAGUGGAUAAGUUGGACAGGCUGUUUCUGGUGCUACAGAUUUUGGUUAAGAUUUUCGAAAUGGACUUGGCUAUGUGGAUCUUGAGGCAUCCGCAUAAAACGAAGGAAAACAUGAUCAAGCCCAAUCGGCAACCGUUGAUUGCAAGCUUAUUGUGGCAUGAGGAUUCCGGCGUGGGUGAAGUAAAUGCCCUCAUUAAACGUAUUAUCGGUCUAUACGUUAAUGUCAAUGGUUUAAAUUAUCCGGAAGAAAAUAUUCAAGUGGUUUCACGUCUUAUUUCUGUCAUUGGAACGGUCAUCAAUUUGAGCGAAAUUCAGUACGAUGGUACGAUGGAUUAUCCUUGCAUCAAGGACAAUACGCGUUAUUUUGCACGGCAAAUUUCACGUCUGCAGGAGGCAUCUGAUUACUACAGUGUGUCGCUUUGUUUGCGCUCAAUUCAACAAAUGCGUUCACCAUUGCUUCGUAUGAUUAUGGUUAACGAUUUUCUCCAUCGACUGAAUGGACAACUAAGUAUAGCUUCGGUGGCUUUCUUCACAAAGGAAUUGGCCAAAGGCAGAUGGAGAAAGUGUGCUUCUGUGGAUACGCCUACAUGUGAUGGAAUGAAAACACCGGACACUCGUUACCCACUUUUACGUGUAAAACCGCAUCGGAAAGCUAGCCAUGAAAUAACGUGCAAUCAAUACGUCACUUUGCUGCUGAAUGGUUUCCGUUCGUAUAUGGAAGUAUAUCCGGUUCAAAGUUACUUCCACAGUCUCAAAAGUUCGAUGAGUGUAUCAAAUAAUGCGGAACACCACAUGACUACAGCCACCUCACCGCGAACUCCCACACGCCGGGAGCUUAAAUCGAAUCGUUAUGAUUUUACGGCCCUGGAAAAGAACAUUUCCAAACUGCACAAAAAGGACAAGCCAAACCAAAUUUUUGUACGAAGUUCUGACCGGAAGACGACUGCUUCGCUAGUGCUUCAGGAAAUCAAUGUCAGUCCAUCUGUGCUGGUUUAUUACCGCGAGGAAAUUAAGCACCUGCUAUUGAUACAACGGUGGCUUACGUUAAAAGCCGGCACCAGUCAGCAGGACCAGCCGCUGUUCGAAUCCUGGAAACAUUUUAUGGCGCAAAUCGAUGAUACACUUGUCUGUCAAUAAGCCAGUGUGAUAAUCAACAAGUUAAAAUAGGACCCUUCCCUAGAAUAACCCCGGGCGUUGUAAAAAUAUUCACUUCCAGAGUAUCGCCAGGGAUUGUUUUUAUAGCGAAAAAUUUACGCGUUGGAAUUGUCUUUAGAAGUAAUAUUAUUUAAUUCAUAAAACAUACUACAAUAGGAAAAGUGAUUCUUUCGAAUUAUGAAAGAAAACUCAGAAGCACGUAUUAUUCGUUACAUGG